AUGUUGGUAUUGAUUGCUAAAUACAUCAACCAUUACAUCGGAUUAGUCGAAGAUAAAUUUGUCAGGGAAUGUAAUGCCAAGGAAACAGACGUAAUUGAAAUCAAGGAAUUCAUUGGUUUGUUGUACCUAGCUGGAAGUUACAGAGGGAAUCGUCAGAGUCUGGAGGAACUAUGGGGAACAGAAGAAUUUGGGACUGAAACAUUUGGCCUGGUGAUGAGUAUAAAACGGUUCAGGUUCCUAAUGCGUUACAUUCGUUUUGAUGAUCGUGCGAGUCGAGCACAACCGAAAGAAUAUCACCGACUUUGUCCAGUCCGAUUCCGUGGGAGUUGUCCAUUUAGGCAGUAUAUACCCUCGAAACAUACCAAGUAUGGUAUAAAGCUAUUUGCUCUUGUUGAUGCCAGAACGGUAUACACCUACAAUGUGGACAUUUAUGCAGGGAAACAACCUGAAGGGCCAUUUCGUGUCAACAAAAAGCCAAGUGAAAUUAUGAAACGAAUGACUGAGCCUCUUUGUCUGUCAGGGCGCAACGUAACCACUAACAGGGAGAGCUUAAUACAGCAGCUUGUUUGGCUCCAACAAUGGUAA